AUGCCGCCAGCCAGUACAAGUACUACCAAUGAUAUGAUAACUGAGGAACCCGCCUCUCCACAUCAAAUCCCAAGACUUACCAGGAGACUUACAGGGUUUCUUCCACAAGAAAUCAAGUCAAUUGACACGAUGAUUCCUUUAAAGUCAAGGUCGUUGUGGAACAAGCAUCAAGUCAAAAAGUUUGACAAGGCUGAAGAUUUUCAAGAUAGAUUUAUUGAUCACGUGGAAACUACAUUAGCACGUUCUCUAUAUAAUUGUGAUGACAUGGCUGCUUAUGAGGCUGCUUCGAUGAGUAUCCGUGACAAUUUGGUCAUUGACUGGAAUAAAACUCAGCAAAAAUUUACCACUAGAGACCCAAAGAGAGUUUAUUAUCUGUCUUUGGAGUUUUUGAUGGGUAGAGCUUUGGACAAUGCCCUGAUUAACAUGAAAAUUGAAGACCCGGAAGACCCUGCCGCAUCAAAGAAAGAACCAAGAGAAAUGAUCAAGGGAGCUUUAGAUGAUUUGGGUUUCAAGUUAGAGGAUGUCCUAGACCAAGAACCGGAUGCAGGUUUAGGUAAUGGUGGUCUAGGUCGUCUUGCAGCUUGCUUCGUAGACUCAAUGGCAACAGAAGGCAUUCCUGCCUGGGGUUAUGGUCUACGUUAUGAGUAUGGUAUCUUUGCUCAAAAGAUUAUUGACGGUUACCAAGUAGAAACCCCAGAUUACUGGUUAAAUUCUGGUAAUCCAUGGGAAAUUGAGCGUAACGAGGUACAAAUUCCAGUUACCUUUUACGGUUAUGUUGAUAGACCAGAAGGCGGCAAAACUACACUAAGCGCGUCACAAUGGAUCGGUGGGGAAAGAGUUCUUGCUGUUGCAUAUGAUUUCCCAGUUCCAGGUUUCAAAACUUCUAAUGUAAAUAACUUAAGACUGUGGCAAGCAAGGCCAACGACAGAAUUCGAUUUUGCAAAAUUCAACAACGGUGAUUAUAAGAACUCUGUGGCCCAACAACAACGCGCUGAAUCUAUAACCGCUGUGUUGUAUCCAAACGAUAAUUUUGCUCAAGGUAAGGAGUUGAGAUUGAAGCAACAAUACUUCUGGUGUGCUGCGUCCUUACACGAUAUCUUGAGAAGAUUCAAAAAAUCUAAGAGACCAUGGACCGAAUUUCCUGACCAAGUGGCUAUCCAAUUGAAUGAUACUCACCCAACUUUAGCAAUCGUCGAAUUGCAGAGAGUCUUGGUCGAUCUAGAAAAACUUGACUGGCACGAGGCUUGGGACAUUGUGACCAAGACCUUUGCUUACACCAACCACACUGUUAUGCAAGAGGCCCUGGAGAAAUGGCCCGUUGGCCUCUUCGGUCAUUUGCUGCCUAGACAUCUGGAGAUUAUUUAUGACAUCAACUGGUUCUUCUUGCAAGACGUGGCAAAAAAGUUCCCCAAGGACGUUGAUCUUUUGUCUCGUAUAUCCAUUAUCGAGGAAAACUCUCCAGAAAGGCAGAUUAGAAUGGCCUUUUUGGCUAUUGUUGGUUCCCAUAAGGUAAAUGGUGUUGCUGAAUUGCACUCCGAAUUGAUCAAAACGACAAUUUUCAAAGAUUUUGUCAAAUUUUAUGGCCCAUCAAAGUUUGUCAAUGUCACUAACGGUAUCACGCCAAGAAGAUGGUUGAAGCAAGCUAAUCCUUUCUUGGCUAAACUGAUCAGUGAAACUCUUAACGAUCCAGCAGAGGAGUAUUUGCUGGACAUGGCCAAGUUGACCCAGUUAGGAAAAUACGUUGAAGAUAAGGAAUUCUUGAAAAAAUGGAACCAAGUCAAGCUUAAUAAUAAGAUCAGAUUAGUAGAUUUAAUCAAAAAGGAAAAUGAUGGCGUAGACAUCAUUAAUAGAGAGUAUUUGGACGACACCUUGUUUGAUAUACAAGUUAAACGUAUUCAUGAAUAUAAGCGUCAACAACUGAACGUCUUUGGUAUCAUCUACCGUUACUUGGCAAUGAAAAAUAUGCUGAAGAACGGUGCUUCCAUUGAAGAAGUGGCCAAGAAAUAUCCACGUAAGGUUUCAAUUUUUGGCGGUAAGAGUGCUCCUGGUUACUACAUGGCUAAACUAAUCAUCAAAUUGGUCAACUCUGUUGCUGACAUUGUUAAUAACGAUGAAUCAAUUGAGCACUUAUUGAAGGUUGUCUUCGUUGCUGAUUACAAUGUUUCCAAAGCUGAAAUCAUUAUCCCAGCGAGUGACUUGAGUGAGCAUAUUUCAACUGCUGGUACUGAAGCGUCAGGUACUUCCAACAUGAAAUUUGUCAUGAACGGUGGUUUGAUUAUCGGUACUGUCGAUGGUGCCAAUGUGGAAAUCACAAGGGAAAUUGGUGAAGAUAAUGUCUUCUUGUUUGGUAACCUGAGUGAAAAUGUCGAAGAGUUGAGAUAUAACCACCAAUACCAUCCACAAGACUUACCAUCUGGCUUGGAUUCUGUUUUAUCCUUUAUUGAAAGUGGGCAAUUUUCUCCAGAAAAUCCAAAUGAAUUCAAGCCAUUAGUUGACAGUAUUAAAUAUCAUGGCGAUUAUUAUUUGGUUAGUGACGACUUUGAAUCCUAUCUGGCCACCCAUGAGUUAGUAGACCAAGAGUUCCACAACCAAAGGUCAGAGUGGUUGAAGAAGAGUAUCUUGAGUGUUGCCAACGUCGGUUUCUUUAGCAGUGAUCGUUGUAUCGAAGAAUACUCUGAUACAAUCUGGAACGUCGAACCAGUUACUUAG